AUGCAGUCGUUCUGGACGUUGAAGGUUGGGGUGGCCGGCCGAAAAGGUGGGGUGGAUGGUCACAUCCAAAAGAUGCUCUACCGCCGGAUGGUCCCGCCAGAUGUGGGCGCCAGAUCGGGCCCCACCCAGGAAAAGCACAGAUCCCCGGCAUACGCCCCACCCCGGGCCGGAAGCUGUCUGCUGGGCCUCUUCCGUCUGCUGCAUCCUUCAUCAACUUCUGGCCCUCGGUCUCCAUCUACCAGUCCAGAUCCGGCACCCCGGUCGCUCCACAUUUUCAUCGCUCACUCUGGACCUGGUCUAGACCCCGGCUGCCAAAAGCCAACCGCCGGCCGUUUGCUCAUCUGGAAGCCGCAAGUGUGA